CGAGGAGAACCCACCCUUGUGGAGAAAACAGUUCCACCGAGGCCCGAGGACAAAUGGAACGAUGCUCGUUGACUUGUUCGGCGGAGCCUUUGGGAGCUGUUAGCACGCAGCUGGGCCUGUUUUAGGCAUCGUGGGUGUUUUCCUCUUGCCCAGCCUUUCGAAGGACCACAGAGAACCCUCCCCGUGGGCCCCUAGCCCAUCUCACACGCACUGGUCAGUCCGCCUUUCUCAGACGAAAGGUUCUUACCCUUUAAGGUACUUCGGGCUCUUAGAUUUUCCUCCGAGUGUCCAGAGCCCAUAAUAAAGGGACUUCGCCAGCCUUGUCCGUAGGUGUGCCGGAGAAGCCAGGACGGAACAGAUGUUAUUUGCCCUUGGAAUAACAAAUCUGCCAAGAGGCAUUCCAUCUGAUCUGAGCCUCCUAAGAAUACCUGACAAUUUUGUCUCAGCAGUAGAAACUCAGUCUCUCCAAAACCCCAUCCGUGUAUGGGAGAGUUCAAGCUUAAGUAAAUCGAACCCUCCUCCCAGUUGUGUUAAUCCACCCAUCAGUACUGUGCUUGUGUUAAGACCCAACCAAAAUCAAAUCAUUUUUAAACACACGGCUCUGUUUUCAGCAACCAUGUUUCUUUCAAGUCCACCAAAAAACAAAAACAAAACAAAAAGCAGUUUUACCACUAAUUUCAGUUGGUUGCAAAAUCUGUUACUUGAGAUCCUCACACUAGAAUGGGAAAGUGGAUUCCCGAGACGGCUCCAGGCAAAGGGAGGUGUGUUUCCUUGCAAGAAAAAUGUUAACCCCAAAACCGAGUACUGGAGAUUAGUUCCCAACCAUGCAAGAGGCAGGAGAUCAUUGCUUUUUGCUACAAAAUCUGAUGGACUUUGUUUAGUUUGAGUGUGUUUUUGUUUUUGGCAGUGUCAUUUUUAGGUAACUUUCAAAAAAAAUCUAUUAAUGUUUUAAUAAGCCAACAUGUUCAGAAGCUAGUAUUUUAAUUAACCGAGUUAUCUUGUUAACCAACUGAUACAAAAUAUUUUGGUAAGGUUAUUCACACCUUAUUUCUUAAUUUAGGUUAAGCUCUUUGGUAGCGUCUUAAUUUUUACAAAUUCGGAGUGGAAACUGCUUUUGACUAAUUGGUCUAGAGAGAAGCUUUAUAAAAACAGAGAGGAGGUUUUUAAAGUCCAUAGAAAUUAUUUCUGAAUAUAGAAAACAGAAGUAGAAGGUGUCAGAAAUUCAAGUAUAUAUUAAGUGUAAGAACUAUUCAUCUUAAUUUAACCCCCCCUCUCAUACUGGAGAUUUUGCAUUACUUGUAUACAAGCUUACACCACUAUUUUAUGCCCUAAUAAGGGUUCACAGCAAAGGAAACCAUAAACAAGACAAAAAGACAACCCUCAGAAUGGGAGAAAAUAUUUGCAAAUGAAACAACAGACAAAGGAUUAAUCUCCAAAAUAUACAAACAGCUCAUGGAGCUCAAUAUCAAAAAAACCUAUGUGAUUUUAUUAUAACAUCUUUGUAUUGCUCAAGUAUUCGUCUUUUGCCACGAUGACGUCAAACUGACGCUUUUGAGUGGAGAUCUUUCACUCUGAUUGGGAUAAGAUUAGGCUGUUCAGUAAUGGCGGCCGCUAAUGGUUUGAGGCAUUUAAUGUUUGUUAACCAGGGUGUUACUCUGUGUCAUUUAUUUUUAUAUACAAAACAGCUUGUCAUUGGCGGGGGUUGGAGGAGGGACGUCCUCCACAGCAAAAAUGAGGAACUCUAAAACUUUAUAGUUUAACCAUUGAAGAAGAAAAGGAAUAAUCAGGUGUACAUUUAAACGUGACUUUUUUCAUCUUUUCUGUCCUUCAUGAUUUUUUUUACUAUAUCAGAUAAUUCCUAAAGAUCUCUAUGUUUAAACAAGGACUUGCUGUGAUGAAGGUAGUUUUUAUCUUUCAAUUGAACCUUCUGGGAAGUCACGCUAUAUUCUUGGCAUCAUAAUUAUCUCUUUGGCACCUGAUUUCAUAGACCACAAUUAUGACCUCACCAAACAGCAUAUCUUCGGUUACUUCAUGGUUUCCAAGUAUUUCUUAAAUUGGACCAUGCCAAGUAAAAUUGUUUGCAGGUCAUUUUCUAGAUACCUUUUCACUGAGCUUCUAAAACAAAAGUCCAUGAAAUAAUCCGUUUGCAGAUUGGGCUUGUGGUGUGUUAGCCAGAGGUUCCUGAGCUUUGUAAUUUAGGGAUCCUAAGCGCUUUACAUUCGUGGCGACGUGUACGAUUUUUUUCUCUCCCUCGAUGGUAUCACCUCUGUUUCACAGAUGUGGAAACGUGGCCAGAGUUGCACAGUGAGUAAAUCAUGGAGGCAAGGCAUUGACGCAGGUCACGCUGACUACAAAGCAGUAUGGCCUUCCAGGGACAAAAAAGUGAGAGGAGGAGUCAAGGAGAGAACGCUGAGGAAAAUGAGCUAACGCUUUUUAAGGAGCUGGGGGAAGAACAAAUCUGGAGAUGUUAUGAAAGGUCCUGAGCCGGCAGAGCUACGCGCUAUGAGCACCUCAGGUCUGUUCCGUUUUCCUAUCCCGCUGACCAGAGUGUGCAUGGUGCCCUGGGGACUCCGGCUCUGCGAGAAGCCGCAACUCUUAUCCCCUGGAACAGCGGUCGCUCCGGUCCAGGCGGCAGGCAAGAAGGACCACCCUGCUCUGCUCUCCCUGGAUGAGAGUGAACUUGAAGAGCAGUUUGUAAAAGGACAUGGGCCAGGGGGCCAGGCAACCAACAAAACAAGCAACUGCGUGGUGCUGAGGCACGUCCCCUCAGGCAUUGUCGUCAAGUGCCACCAGACUAGAUCCGUCGAUCAAAACAGAAAGCUAGCUCGGAGAAUCCUGCAAGAGAAAGUGGAUGUUUUCUACAACGGUGAAAACAGUCCUGUUUACAAAGAAAAACGAGAGGCAGAGAAGAGAAAGCAAGAAAGGAAAAAAAGAGCAAAGGAGACCCUAGAGAAAAAGAAACUCCUGAAAGAACAAUGGGAAUCAAGUAAAAAUGUGCCCAGAGAAAGGACUGCAGAUUCUGACUGAAAGAACCUGCCGGAUGGGACUUCCCUGGUGGCGCAGUGGUUAAGAAUCUGCCUGCCGAUGCAGGGGACACGGGUUCGAGCCCUGGUCUGGGAGGAUCCCACAUGCCGCAGAGCAGCUAAGUCCGUGCGCCACAACUACUGAGCCUGCGCUCUAGAGCUGGCGAGCCACAACUACUGAGCCUGCACACCUAGAGCCCGUGCUCCGCAACAAGAGAAGCCACCGCAAUGAGAAGACUGCGCACUGCAACGAAGAGUAGCCCCCGCUCGCCGCAACUAGAGAAAGCCCGCGCGCAGCAACGAAGACCCAACGCAGCCAAAAAUAAUUAAUUUUAAAAAAAGAACCUGCCGGAUGCCUCCAGGGACGGCGUGAGCUCCACCACCAGCGCAGCUGUGACGGGCUCCAGAGACAGCAGAGUUUCUAAACAGCAGACAAACUGUAGUGAAUAGCAAUGCACACUUUGAGAAUAAAACUGUAAAAAGAAACACGAGGAAGUCAUUACUGUAGAAGGACAAGGGCACUUUUUGGGGGAGGAAAGGCUGUGAUUGUGACGCAGGGCUUGGAGGGGCUUCUGGGCGGCUGACAGAGUUCUAUUUCUUGACCUGGACGGUAGUUAGAAGUAUGUCACCUUUUAAGCUAUACAUUUGCGUGACUGUAUCUUGUUUUGUUAUCAGAAGUUAGAAAUGAAAGUUGUUUUUUUUUUCGGCUGCACCACGAGGCUUGUGGGAACUUAGUUCCCCGACCAGGGACUGAACCUGGGCCCCGGCAGUGAGAGCGCAGAGUCCUAACCACUGGACCGCCAGGGAAUUCCCAAAUGAAAAUACUUUCUGAAAAAAAGCAUUAAUGUUAAUAAUGGACUUUUUAUGGAAAACUAUAGAAUUGAGUCAAACAAUAGCAUUUAGUGCCUCUUUGUCAUCUGCUGGAAGGUCAUUGUUCAGUGAUACAUAGAUGUCAUUAAGAGAACAAAAGAAAACAAGAUGGUGAAAGAUUUACAAGUUAGUAAGUUACUUGCCCAUUUACCCCAUUAGCUUAACAGACUGUAUGUUGACAAGUAACCUCUCUGAUGUGGAAAUACACAUGUCAUUCUCUGUAUGCUGAUUUACAAGUAGUAGGUUUAUAAAAGAUGAGGUUUCAGAAACUUGGGUUUGUGAAUUUGCUUGAUACCAUCCUUCAGGCUGGAUCUGACCUUACAAAUUGUUUGGGGGUUUCUUAGGCAUGGUUUGUUAGAACACAUCUGGAAGUUUAUGCAUAAAACUAGUAGGGUAACAAACCGUGAGGUGAGAAGGCCACUGUCAGACACAGGGUCUGCCUCAUCAGUGAAGACCAGAUUGCAUGCAUCCAAAUAAAGUUACCUGUAAAGAAGCCAGAUGAGGUCUUCUCACCUCGGAGUAGCCUGGUUUGGAAGUUUAGCUCUACGCAAGGCUCUCGACCUCUGGUCGCAGUGUGCAGGGCCCUUCCCAGUUCCAACCUCCUUUUAGAAGGGAGUCAAGUGAAGUAUCUGGCAUGGUACACAGAAGACCGUAAUAGUGGAAGGGAAUUUUGGGAGCUUCAGACAAGAGGGACAGAAGCUUUCAUUUCUGUCUCCCUUCUUGAACCUUUUUGAAUUUCCUGUCACGUCCACAAAGGAGAUGCAGACAAGCCGACUGCCUAGUACCCGUUCCUCCGGCCUUUGGAGCUGUCAUGGCUGGGACCCGGCCGCAUGCCUGUGAAACUGACCACGUCCCUCCUUUUGUCUUAGUCUACCCCUCACCACGGUAAAUCCUCAUUACAUCGGGAUCAGUGCCUAAGGAAUAUACUAAGGAUGACCUCAAAGUCCCUUUGGAAGGCACUGUUGGGGACCACCCCAUGAAUUCUCAACACAUCCGAGGCAACCCAGUUUUCCCAGCACCAGAGCAGGUAGUUCUUCCAGUGAGAACAGGAUGAAGUAGCUAGCCUGAGUUUAAACGCUCACAGGAUAAGUCCCUAAAAACAGACUGGCCUAACUUGGGGGAGCACAGAAGGGCGAAAUCAGUAACAUCGCCUCUACGCUUGUUUUCCUUCCUGGCCCACCCUUAACCUCUGCUGCAGUUAAGAUGCGUCCGUAACGCAGCUUCACCUGAUCCCUGCCUUCUGACUUAACCGACACAUCCUGUCCCUGGCCUGUUGUGCUACUGAUACCGUCACGCAAAAUGUUUCUGGACCAGGUGGGAAAAUGCCCUUUGACAGGUCCCUCCCCACUCCCGCUGAGGAGCUGUUCUUUAAAAUACCGCCAAGA